UGGUUCGGACGAAUCAUUUAAACGAAUCGGUUCAUAAGAAUGGCUCAUUCGCGAAUCGGACAUCACUGUUACAGUGAUUGGAGCAGUUUUAAGAGGCUGCUGUGGAUCUACUGCUGAUAUGGAGACUCUUCCCAUCCACAGAGACUGAUCGUGCAACUUUAGUGAGCUGACUGGACGGAUUACGCACUUUCAUUGCUGCUCUCCGGUCACAAUAACAACUCCAAACAUGUCCAAAAGCCUGAAGAAGAAAAGUCACUGGACUAACAGAGUACACGAGAUACUGUUGUCCAGGGGUCCGAGUGGUGAUCUUGGGUUCAAGCUGCAGGGAGGCGCGGAGAAUGGACAGUUCCCCGUUAUUGGAGAGGUGAAACCGGACAGGGGCAAACUGCACCAGGACGAUUUACUUCUGGAGGUGAAUGAUACUCCAGUGGCCGGACUGACCAUCAGGGAUGUGUGGGCUGUGGUCAAGCACUGCAAAGACCCUGUCCGGCUGAAGUGUGUCAAACAAGGAGGUGUUGUGGAUAAAGAUCUCAGGCAGUAUCUCAACCUGCGAUUCCAGAAGGGAUCUUUAGACCACGAGCUGCAACAAAUUAUUCGGGACAACCUCUAUCUUCGAACAGUACCCUGUACAACCAGGGAGCCUAGAGAAGGAGAGGUUCCCGGAGUAGACUACAACUUUGUGACCGUUGAGCGGUUUGUGGAAUUGGAGAAAAGUGGAGCUUUGCUGGAAAGUGGAACUUAUGAAGAUAACUUUUACGGCACCCCGAAGCCCCCGGCAGAGCCCAGCCCGCUGCUGCUGAAUGUAGCUGAGCAACUGUUGCCAGGCGCCACACCCAGAUCACAGGGCAAACGCAGACGCAACAAGUCCGUCAGCAACAUGGAGAAGGCUGGCAUCGAGCCACCUGAGGAGGAAGAGGAGGAGAGGCCCGUCAUUAACGGCAACGGAGUGGCCAUCACCCCAGAGUCCAGUGAACAUGAAGACAAGAGUACAGAUGCCUCAGGAGAGAUGCCCACCACAUGCCCCUCUGAGACUUCCACAGAUGCCCCUAAAGAAGAGACAGAACCACCAAAAUCGCCUCCCAAACUGGAUGAGAAUGACGAGCUGGGUCCGCUGCCAGAUAACUGGGAGAUGGCUUACACUGAAAAAGGAGAAGUGUACUUCAUUGACCACAAUACGAAGACGACGUCCUGGUUGGACCCCCGGCUUGCGAAGAAAGCGAAGCCCCCUGAAGAAUGCAAAGAGAACGAGCUUCCUUAUGGCUGGGAGAAAAUCGAUGACCCUAUUUAUGGAACCUACUAUGUUGAUCACAUAAACCGAAGGACUCAGUUUGAGAACCCAGUUUUAGAGGCCAAGAGAAGACUGCAACAGCAGCAGCAGAUGCAGAGUCAGGGCUUGUCCUCUCUCCCCCUACCUACAGUCUACAGAGAGAAGCCUCUGUUCACGCGGGACCCUACGCAGCUGAAGGGCAGCUUUCUGUCUACAGCCCUACAGAAAAGCAACAUGGGAUUUGGUUUCACUAUCAUUGGCGGUGACGAACCGGAUGAGUUUCUACAGGUCAAAAGUGUCAUACCGGACGGGCCUGCUGCACAGGAUGGGAAAAUGGCUACAGGAGACGUGAUUGUCUACAUUAAUGACGUCUGCGUCCUGGGCACCACCCACGCUGAUGUGGUGAAACUUUUCCAAUCUGUGCCAAUCGGACAAAGCGUAACCCUCGUCCUUUGCAGGGGUUACCCUCUUCCUUACGACCCGGAAGACGCAGCCAGCACCUUGCUGUCCCCCCUUGGCCUCAUUGAUCGCCCUCUGCUGGUCAACGGACAGAAUAGCUACGACAGCUACAUGGAGUACAUCUCCCGCACCGCUCGCUUCAUUGACCCCCUCCAUACUACGUUGCCUCAUCCCCACCCUGGAGACACCCACCUGGACGCCGGACCGCUGGAGGACAGCGUCUCAAUGGCAUCGUCAGGAGCGGCCGGUGGAGAGCUGCUAACAGUUACCAUGGUGAAAGGUGCGGAUGGGUUUGGAUUCACCAUUGCAGACAGUAAUGGAGGACAGAGGGUGAAGCAGAUUCUGGAGGCGCAGGGAUGCCCGGGGCUCUGUGAGGGCGAUCUGAUUGUGGAAAUUAACCAGCAACCCGCAUUAACCCUGCCACACACGCAGGUGGUGGAGCUGCUAAAAGAGUGUCCUGUUGGGGCAGAGGCUACGUUGGUCGUACAGAGAGGAGGGGCAGGUCACUUUUCACCUUGGAAGACCUCUAAACAGGUCUUGGAACAUUGGGAUCCUCACAGCAGUCCCACAACCAGUCUUUCUAUCCAUGCUAUCCCUCACAGCACUCCAUAUCUGCACUGGCCCUCAGGUCCAGAGUUUGACUUGACCAAACCUGACCCCUAUGACCUGUAUGAGAAGUCCAGAGCUAUCUAUGAGAAUAGGCAGCCAGGGCUUCCUCGAGCAGCCAUCCCAGCUGACCUCUCCGCAUCAGAGUUCCAGGAGGUGGAGGUGCACCUGCGCAGACAGAAGUCCGGUUUCGGCUUCAGGAUCCUGGGCGGAGAGGAACCAGGACAGCCUGUGAGUCCGGAGGCUCAGGAGAAGAUCCUGAUUGGUGCAAUCAUCGAGAAGAGCCCAGCAGAUAAAGACGGGCGUCUCCGGCCAGGAGACGAGCUGUUGUCAGUGGAUGGGAUCCCUGUGGCCGGAAAACCCCACCGUUACGUCAUUGACCUCAUGCAUGGGGCGGCCCGGACUGGCCAGGUUAAACUCACUGUACGGCGGAGAGUUCAGCCCACAGGUGAACCCUUUCCAGAGAACGGCCGCAGUCCUGGAUCUACCCAGCACAGUUCCCCCAGGAGUGACUUCAACUCCAGAAUGUUUUGUAACAACACCGCCCCCACACAAAACUCUGCCCCAUCCACCACAGGCUCCUCCCCACCAGACACAGUAACCAAUCAGAAUCUGCAGCCUAGCGAUGUCACCAUUCAGCGGAAGGAGAGCGAAGGGUUUGGAUUCGUUAUUAUCAGUUCACUGAACAGGCCUGAAACCGCGGCUGCUGCUGCCGUGCCUCAUAAGAUUGGCCGCAUCAUUGAGGGAAGUCCAGCAGACCACUGUGGGAAGCUCAAGGUUGGAGAUCGCAUACUGGCCGUCAACCAUCAGUCUAUUGUCAACAUGCCGCACGCAGACAUCGUCAAACUGAUCAAGGACGCUGGACUCACCGUCACACUCAGGAUCAUCCCUCAGGAGGAGACGAACAGCACUCCUUCGGCAGGCAGCUCAGAGAAGCAGAGCCCUAUGGCCCAGCCCAGUCCAGUUUGCCAAGCCAGCAAUGUGAACCAGUGUGGUGCUGCCCCUUUACCCAACUCCAAUCCUGCACCUCAACCCAGUCCCAUAAUGCAGCCUAGUUCAGAAGCACAAGUCAAUCAAACCAGUCCAGCCAAUCAUCCCAGCUCAGUGACCCAACAGAACCCGCCCACCCAGCCCUCCACAGUGCCAGUACAGAUCUACAGCCACGACAGCAGCUACAGGUCAGAGGUGAAAGCAAGACAGGAUGUAAAGCCCGAUAUUCGGCAGCCGUUCACAGAUUACCGCCAGCCCCCGGUGGACUACAGACACCCUCCUGUGGCAGAUUACCGACAGCCGCCAACGCUGGAUUACAGACACCCCCCUCUGCUGGACUACAGACAGCUGUCCACUGACCCUCGCACCUUUCCCUUACCGGACUACAGGAUGCCACAGGAUUUUGAUUUUUUCACAGUUGAGUUGGAAAAGGGCAUGAAAGGUUUUGGCUUUAGUAUCCGUGGAGGUCGCGAGUAUAAGAUGGACCUGUUCGUUCUGCGAUUGGCUGAAGAUGGACCAGCCAUACGCAAUGGGAGGAUGAGGGUUGGUGAUCAGAUUAUUGAAAUAAAUGGGGAGACCACGAGGGAUAUGACCCACGCUCGGGCUAUUGAGCUCAUCAAAUCGGGUGGCCGUAGAGUUCGCCUGCUGCUCAAGAGAGGCACAGGGCAGGUCCCUGAGUAUGCAGAUAGUCCCGCCCCUUGGGAUGCUCACACUACAGCCUCCCCAAGUCUGUCGGAAGUAGCACCACCCCUCGACAGCUUAUCUAAUCCAUCAGCUUCUUCUCAUGUGAACCCACCCACUGACCCACCUCAUACAUUGUCCUUGGAAGCAGCAGGUCCAGACUGUUCCCAGGGUCCUAGAGGCCCAGAGAGUAGGGCUCUGGAGCAGGCCAAUGUGGGGAAGCGGUCAUCCAUUGCAGGUGGAGUUGGGGGUGGGACCAAGCAGAGGGAGAGUAGCAGGACCAACCGUCGCUCUAGUGGAGGGAAGGUUCAGCAACAAUACCUUGAUGAACUUGCUGGAGAGCCCAAAUCCCACAAAAGCAGCCGGGCAAAGUCCAAGGAGCGCAGGAGGGAACGGAGCAACACGCCUUCUCGAAAGCAUGACUCGCCCAAAACUUCCCCAACUGACACCAAUAUGAAUGGGGGAAACGGAUGUCUAGAUGGUAGCAACAACCAGCAAGGAGCUCUGGUGCCAUUCAAAGCUCUACCAAAGGAACCAGAGAAAAGGCAAAUCAGCCAAGAGAGUCGUCCCAGCCACAACUACAAGACCAGCAGCAGUGCAUCAGGCAGGAAGGCCACAGUAUCCCCAGGGCCCUGGAAGAUCCCUGGUACGGACAAGCUACCCAGUACCCUACGCUCAGCCACCUCCACCAUCAGCAGAUAACAUCUCACCCCAAUCUCAGGCCCAAGUUUAGACCUUACUUUUGCUUUUGAAUUCUUUUCAGCUAACUCUUGGACCAGCACUGGGCCAUGAUUUGCCUUUUUUGGGACUAGUUGGGCUUGGGCGCUGCUUGAUUGCUUUUCACAGGCUUGCUCUACUUGCUCAACAGUAGAGAUCUGUUUUAAAAAAUGACUAGGUACCACCUUCCCACAGUCCUCACUAAAGACCUUUCCAUGCAUUUCUAGCCAGAGCAUUUUUUAUUUAUAUUUUAUUCUAAGUUAUUUUAACAGAUAUGACACCCACCACCUUAAGAACUGGAAGCAUUCACUCCAAAAAUUGAACCACGGUAGAAUGAGUGAUGCAUGUAGCGUGCUAAAAAGAAACCCGGACUGGUUUGAACUGUUGGGGAAAAGCACUCAAGACUCAGAGAUGUACAUGCAUAGAAAACCACUUACUGACUCUAAACCACCAUUGGUGGCUACAGCAAUUUUUAUACACUUUCAUAAAAAAAUGAAGAAAACUGAAGGAGUUACCUGACAUACAGUUUUUUGUGUAUUUGAAGAAUGAAUAUGAUUAAAAAGAUUCUAUAUGAGCGGACACUCGACUAUGGAACUCUGCCUUAAAGACUGAUCUGCAGAUGUCUGUAUAGGGUUGGUAAAAUGAAUAUAGAAAUAGAUAUAUUAUAUGACUACGUAUAUGUGAGACAUAUUGUAAAUAUGGUCUUUAUACACCAUUGUGACCCCAUACCGGAAUAUUGACAUCAUACAUGGUGUAAGUUAGAAGAGUGUAAUCUAGAAUUCAUUCCUACUCCACUCUUAGGUGCGUUCCCACUGACAGCGAUUUAAACUCAAGUAGUUGCUAGUAGGUGUUCCUACUCAACUCAAAAUCGAACUGUAAAAGGAAACCGAUCACAUGACCUACACUGUCUACACUGACAUUGGUAGUCGCCACCUCCAGUUCAAGAUCUCAAUGGCAACGGUCGAUUGUGUCUCUUAAAAUCGCCAACCCUCACUGAUGAUGAAUGACUUGCAGUUGCUGAAAAUUGCUAUCAGUGUGAGCACCCCUUGAGACCACUGAUUGCUCAGCUGCUCUGUUAAUUUCCAAAGGAGCCAGUGGGCUUUGACCUUCUCUUGACUCUGUCAUCACUAGUUCAGUCUAUUCUCCCUUUACUUGUCUACACGAACAAAGCAAUUUGAAGGAUCCCAAGAUGGUUUCGAUGAAAUAUAGAAAGGAUUUGAUUUGGGCAGAGUGCCUUAUGCCAGGGGUGUCCAAUCCUGGAGGGCCAUUGUCCUGCUAAGUUUAACUCCAAUCCUAAUGAAACACUCCUGACCAGCUAAUCAAUGUCUUCAGAAUGACUAGAAAUCUCCAGGUAAGUGUUUUUUGGGUAGGUUUUGAGAUGAAUCCUCAGUACAUUGGCCCUCCAACAACAGGAUUGGACACACCUGCCUUAUGCCGACCACUUGAUGCUUUAUUUGAGCACCAAAUCCUAGGCAAUGACAUCAAGACAAAAAAAAAAAAAAAAAAAAAAACGUAGGGUGCAAUAAAUUAAUUUGACUAUUGUUCUGUUAAACUGAAUGAGUAGGUUGUUGCAUCCCUAUCUCUGAAUGCUGAUUGGUGUCUAAAUCAACUGAGAGGCUGGUUUAUGUUCACUAUAUAUAUAUAUAUACAUAUACAGUAUAUAUAUAUAUCAAUAUAAAAUUGAUAGCUAUUUUCGUACAUAGAUAGAUAUAGAGUUGGCAGUCUUCUAAGAGAAGUGAAGAUAUUUAUUAAUGAUAUCUCUGACAGAAGUUCAAAUGUUUGUUGAGCACUUUGUCUUUAAAUAGACAUAUACUGUAUAUAGAAUGCAGUACUUUGCAGAGGAAAUGCUGUGCAUCCAUGAUAUUCAUUGAAUAUUUCUGAGGAAAUUAAUUCCCCAAAUCCUGCUAGAAAGAUUUGCUUAUAAACAUAUUCCCUAUAUAAAAUAUUGUGUGAUGGUAAGUCUCUUUCACAUGAACCUCUUCACAAAAGGUUGAUUUUUCCUUGCCAAUAGCAAAUUGUGAAAGCAAAUGAAAAAGGUUACGUUUGCUUUUCUGUCAUGCAUUGUCUUUUUUUUCCAAAUGUCAUCACUCACCUUCAACACUGGGUUGGGGAUACUGUAACUUCAUGUAGGCCUAUCUAUAUAGACACAGUCUCUCAAUCUCUACUAGCUUAUCUAGUAAGCUAAGACGUUAUCGUGCUAAGUGGAGGCUAACUGAAAACACAAAGAAUCUAUUAGGUCACAGCCAUUGGAAUUUCUUUAGGGUUUCUUUGGCUGCGCUUUGAAAAAUUGAUAGAAAAUGAGGUCUAAGUUGAAAUAGUUUGAACUUUGAGUGUUAUGUUAUACAUCUGCAUGGAACACGGUGGCUAAAGGCCUCUACGCACCAAGAACCAUAACUAGAAUUAUAAAGUCUUAAUAAUUCUUCGAAUUCUAUGAGAAUAGGGAAGUCCGCAUCAAAACUAUAACAAGAGAAGAGAAAUAUCAUUGAAUUUGCUUGGGGAAAAAAAAUCUCUCCAGCUGAUGAAUGAUAAAAACAUUGACAGCCAAUCAGAAUCCACCUGAAUUUACAGAGUUCAAGCAAUUUAACACAGUAGACGAUAAAACUGUAGUGUGUUUUUAUAAUAUUUCUCUUAAACUAUCGUGCGUUGGUGUGAACUCUAGCAUAGUUAUGAUUGUUAUAGCUGUGAAUGGGACUUAAAGGGUUAGUUCACUCAAAAAAAUAAUAACUUUUUUAAUUUCCUCAAGACAUCCUUGUUGUGUAUGACUUCCUUUUUCAGCCAAACACAAUCAGAGUUUUAUUAAAAAAAUAUCCUGGCUCUUCCAAGCUUUAUAAUGGGAAUGAGCAGCAGCGCCUGAGAUUUUAAAGCUGAAAAAAGCACAUCCAUUCAUUAUAAAAGUAAUACGUAUGGCUCCAGGGGGUUAAUAAAGGCCUUCUGAAGCGAAGCGAACGCAGAAGCGCAGAGGAUGGAGCAAAACAAAACACUGGUCAGGAAUUAUAAGUUUAAAAAGAUCAUUUUUAAAGAGAAAUGUCGGAGUUUGUUCCUCAGCCCUGGUUGUUUGAACUGCGAGACUUGUUUACUAUGCUUAUGCUAAUCCUACAUCCUACGUCAUACGUCGAGUCAGAGGUCACUCUUCCGCAUAGACUCGCAAGUUAUAAAUCUGGAUAUUUUUUUCCACAAAAACACAUCCCUUCAAAAUCUCAGUCACUAUUCACUCACAUUAUGAAGCCUGGAAGAGUCCGGAUAUUUAAUAUAAUUCUGGUUAUGUUUGGUUGAAAGAAAGUCAUAUACACCUAGGAUUGCUUGAUGGUGAGUAAAUUAUGGGAUAAUUUUCACUUUUGAGUGAACUAAUCCUUUAAUACUCUAUCUUGAUGCUUUGCUCCAUAGAAUAUAAUGGAUUGGGGAACGUUGAUGUGAGUCAUGUGAAAGAGCUAAUAAUACCAGGGCUUAAAAUGUAAUCAGCAGGAAUGUUGAAUUGAAACCGAACAAACUUUAGGUUACACCUGGGCCUCAGUAUACAUCCUUAUCCUGCAGUGUAUUUGAUUUUUCUUUCAAAAUUUACAUUUUUGUGAAUUACAUUCUCAUUAAUGUAACUGCAAUUAAUAAAUAGACCAUUUUCAAUAGACCAGGUAAUUUCUGUGCAACUAGUGGCAUCAAACAGAACUGCAAAACUGGGCUGACAAAACAGCCUCGCCACAGCCGAUUGCAUGAUUUUGAGGGAGUGUCUUUAUUUUUCAAUCGAUUUUAUGAACAAAAAUGACACAGAAAUUACUUUUUUUUUAAAAAAGAACAAACACAUCAAGACUCCAAAUGGUGCUUCAUUGUGUAUUUUUCACGCGAUACUGUAAGAAAAAGAUUUACGAUUACUUUAAUCAUUUUGUUCAUUUUAAUAAAUAUAUACCUAUGUGAACUCCAGUUCCUGUGUAAAGGACCCCAGACAAGACCUAAUCUGUUCUAUCCAUUGUCAUACUAUUGUCUUUAUUAUGUUCAUCUCCCAAAGAAAUAAAGCGAUGACUGGUUCUACUGAUGCUCUUUGACAGCUGUUGUAGAUGACAAGGAGAGCCAACAAUGAUCUAUUCAUUAAGAUAGUGCUAAUAUUUCUCAGAUAAAGAUAAAUUAAUUGAAGCACUCCAAUGUGCUUGGCUAUUCAUUUCCGAGUGAUACAACCUUAGAUAUCCCAGACAGACAUUGUCAAAGCAAAUGUAUUUUCAAUAGAGUACCAGUAAAGAUUGUGUGUGCAUAAGAAUGAGCUGGAUUGCUUUGAUGUCUCUCCAUAGUGUUAGAAAGAAAUUUGGUUUAAAGUACAAAAUUACUGGAGUUGAACGAAUCAGGAUCAAGGCAUCUUAAGGCCAGAAACGUACUCUAUGCAAGUAUGCUAAUGCUAACUAACUAAUGUUAGCUGUUUGGCUACAUCCUUACAAGCAUACGUCAUUAGCAUACAAAUGCUAACAAACCUCUGUAGUCAAUUAGCCGACAGUUACCUUAAAUAUCUGUACUAUUGAACAAUGCGUUGUAAAUGUGUUGCUUGUUUUGAAAGUGAAAGUUUUGAAAUUUUAGCUUCAAAAGUUGACCUUAAAGUGAAAACUGACUCUAAUUUAUGCUAAUACCGCGUUAAGAACGUGUCAUGUUAUGAAUUGCAUUCUAAUACAUUUUGGAACAUAACACGAAAAAGGGUGAUUGGCUUGUGUAUUUAGCAGCAUUGGCAUUCAUGUACUUUAGACAAUGUUUCUGGCCUUAGAGUUUUCAUUUUGUAGAGUAGCAAGUUUGUUUAGAAAGAGAGAGAAUAGUGUCAGUGCUUUGGCACUGCUUUUCCAUAUAAUUUGGCUCGAGUUUGCCGAAUGCUGAAGAGACUAUAAAAUGAUUCAACGUGAUAAAUAAUGUGAUUUAAAAUGAGAUGAUUUAUCGGUGGAGCGAUGGUGGCAACGCAAUGCCCUUAAGGGGUUCUGUAUCACUGUGUAGAACUUUUCAAAAACAGUGCGGUUUACCCUGUACAGAUAAAAAUGAUAAAUAUGACACUAUGUACUAUGACCUAGUCACAAAAACUGUAAGUGAGCUACUAUUUUUAUGAAAUGCAACUCAAUGGAUAUAUACUUACUUUUGCAGAGCUCUUGUUUACUGUAUGAUAUUUACUGAAAUACUGUCAAAUAAAACCUUGACAUGGUGUAAAGUA